AUGACUGUCGCCACACAUCUCAAGACAGAGUCCCAAGGAAAUGAUCGCAGGUGUCCAGCUAUCAGAAGCUGGAGGACGCACGCCGUGUGGGCUGACUUCCCGCCUCCAGGGAGCAACACCGAAGGCAAAAAAGAGAAGCAACCCAAGCCUCGACUCGGUGCCCCCGCGCAGGAGCGGGCGUUCCCGCUCACCCGCCCGCCGCGGGCCGGGGCUCGUCCCCGCGAAGGCGGCGCGGGGGGCGAGGGUCAGUUUCCUCCAGGGAAGGCUGCCGGCUCAGCAAACUCAAUCGAGUUUUCCCCCCAAGCUAAGCCUUCGACCAAUCAAAAACUUUCAGAGGCGGCAGAUAAAGUACCCCGGCGGCUGUGCGAGCACUUCCCCGCAGGAAUACCACCGACGACCACACAGUCACGUGGCGGUCGAACUGUCCCGGCUUCCUCCCCGCCCCCGCGCCCGGCGACCAACCCUGGGGGGCGGUGGCCGCGUCCCCUUCCCCAGCCGGAACAGCCCGAUUCCAAGUUCAGAACUCGGCCCAAGAAACCCCCUUUCCAAAAGUCCGCUCUCGCCACCUGCCCUCCACCCCAGGUCCGCUGUCGCGACAGCCCGGGACAGGGCGGGCGCCGGGGCCUCGGUGCGCGCCGGGUCCAGCCUGGGGCCCGUGUUCCCCGGCCGUCCCGGGGCGCCGAGAAUCGGGCGCCGGCCUCUCCGCUCCGACCGGGGCGCCCCGGCGGGCGGCCUCACCUGCGUCGGCGGGAGCGAGCGGCGGGGCUGGGGCCGGGGGCCGGGGGCGCGGGGGGCGCGGGGGCGGCCGGGGCACUCCUCCGGGCCGGCUGCUGCUGGCCGGGCCUCUGCGGCGCUCGCUGCGGGCCGGGCGCCGCCGCCUGGCUGGGAGUCGGGGCGAGUGCAGCGCGCCGGUCGCGUCCUGGGCACCUGUGCGCGCCGGCCGCGCCUUUUAACCGCACCCCACACCCCGCCCCCUCCCCGCGGCCGUGCAGAUCGCCGCCGGGGGCGGCUCCUCGCCGCCGGGCCGGCCCCGGGGCUGCGGGCGGGGCGCGCCGGGCCUCCCGGUACCCCGAGCGCCCCUCGAGGCCCUGGAGAGCCGGGACCCCCAGUGCCCCAGUCCCCGAGCGCGCCGACCGCUCCCGCCCCCCAGCCCCUCGGCGGCCCGGGGUCCGAGCGGGGAGGGCCUGA